CCCCAGCCGAGUAAUGGAUGACAAUCGUUCUCGACUACACCAAUUAUUGUUUGAAUAUAUCGCCAGCAACAAGAUCAUUUGGUUCACAAGACGCCAAUUAGAAGAAGUUACGCACAGUUCAAGGCUGUCUGAGCCUCACAAUAAACCACGUUGGUUGGACAGGCCAUACAAUUCCGGCCUGAUAAGCAGGAUGUCGUUCGCUAGUUCGCAACAUGGUACUGAAAUUGGUACGGAUGCGGUGCCCCCCGAGUCAUACUCGGAGCGAUCUUCAGAGCCGGGGAUGAUGACAGAAGUUUUUAACACCAUCAGCGCUCAAAGUACAUACAGAAACUUCAGUGUUGAAGAGCUAAGGCACGUUGAUUACAAGCGAGGAAGAAAAGGCGCGCGCGAAUCUAUCGUAGCUUCGAGCGCAGAUGUUGAGUCGUCAUUGCCCAAGACCAACAUUGAGCGCCGGGGUCACCUAGCCUUAAUGCAAGGGCCAGAGAUCGAGAUAAUUGUUGGUGGAAUACCCACGGCUCAGCAGACGACAGCAACUACAACCACCACCAAUUCCACUCACGACAACACCUGGUCUCUUCCCAAAAAACUUAUUUCGCAUUUCUCUCCAUUCCUCAAGGCUGCGUGUUCAGGCGAGUUCAAAGAGCGCGCAGAAGGCAGAAUCGAGCUCCCCGAGGACGACGUGAGAAUAUUUGGUCUCUUUGUGCAAUGGAUGUACGACGGCUACUACACCCUCACAUUACCGAACCCAGAGGCUACAGUCUUGCACGAAAAUGUCAGUAUUCAUGCGCAAUGCUGGAUCUUGGGAGACAAAUUACUUUCCAGCGAGUUCAAGAAUUACGCCAUGGGUCGUCUCUACGCAAGCCAUGUAGCAGCCUAUAUCGGCGGCCCUGCAGUUACGACCGAUGAGGUGGGCUACGUCUGUGAAAACACCACUCCAAAUUCGAAGUUGAGGAGUUUCUACUUUGAUUUCCUAUCUGUAUAUUUCCAGGUUGAAACACGUCUCGUGGGAAGUAUAGAGGAGUGGGAUGAGUUUGUAUUGGAACAUUCUGAUGUGAGGCUGCAUUUGCUCCGGAAUUUCAGAGAUCCGUUUAAAAGGAGGGUUAAUAUGCAAGGUGAAGAUGAAUACAUGGAAAAUGUCGAUGGGCUUGAGAGUACGUUUCAGAAGAUGGGACUUUGA